AUGGAAACUGGGGAGGAGGUACUACUAGAGUCUUUUCCAACAGACGAACGUUCCUCAUCAAACACCAUCGUUCAACGAGACAGCUUACCAAAUUCACCAACUGCAAAAUCCUCUCGUACACCUUUUCCUCAGUCCAAAUCUUUGCGCGGUUCACAGUCCAAUAAAAAUCUCACCAUAGCUCUAUCUCAAGCUAUAUCUUCACAAGGAGAAUUAAAUGUGGUCCAAAAUCUCAUAAUAGAACAAGAUUCAAAGCAGGCAACCCGUUUUACAUGGAACUCUACGUUGAGGAUUGCGAUGUAUAUAUCUGCGUGGUACUUUUUCUCUACGGUUUUAUCAUUUUACAAUAAAUAUUUGAUGGGUAAAGAUGCAUUUAAUUUGAAUCUUCCAUCAUUGGUGAGCGCCAUCCAUUCCGGAAUGCAUUUCAUAAUUACGAGUUUCUUAAUGAGAGGAAGUUGUCCCACGCUUUACGUGAGGCCUGAGGCAAAGGGUGUGGAUUCACAGACUUAUUGGUCUAGAGUGGUCCCGGCGGCUAUUACAGCUGCAUUAGAGAUCUGUAUGUCAAAUGGGGCGCUUGUGUACAUAACACUAAGUUUUUAUACGAUGGUGAAAUCAUCCACUCCAAUAUGGGUUUUGUUUUUUGCAUUCGUAUUUGGGUUAGAGCAGCCGAGACUCUCACUUAUCAUUAUUAUAUCAGUAAUAAGCCUUGGUGUUGGAUUGACGGUUGCUGGAGAAGCUAAAUUCGACCUCGUUGGGUUUCUGUUAAUAUUAGGAGCGGCAAUUUUUAGUGGGUUGCGAUGGUCACUGAUGCAGAUGCUUCUUCAGAGAGAAGCAGGGAUGAGUAAUCCAAUCGCAACACUUUACUACGUAUCUCCAGUGAUGUUUGUUUCAAUGAUUACGCUCUCUUUAUUCUUCGAAAAUCCGACCAACAAGUUUGCUACUUCUGAACACUUUCAAAAUUUCUCCUCUGCAAUGUCGACAUUUGGACUGAUGCUAGUUGGAGGACUUUUAGCAUUUUUUAUGAAUGUAGCCGAGUUUGCAUUAAUUAAGAACACAAGCACGGUGACAUUAUCUGUUGCUGGAAUAAGCAAAGAAGUGCUUGUCAUUACGUUAUCCGUACUCAUCAACCAUGACAUUCUUACACCAGUUAACAUAAUCGGGUAUGUAUUAUGGCAUAUUUUGAAAUCCGCAAUGAAUGUAAUAAGUAAUCUCUACUAA